CCCUGUCGCUGUAUCAGCCUCGUGGUGAAUGGAUAUUGCUCUGUUAUGUAUGAUUGCAUACUAUGCUUGUGAUGCGAGGCGUGACGGGCCUAUUGAGCGUACUGGUUUGGGGACGCAGCUGCGCGAGUGACUGGUUUACAUGGGGCGCUAGUAUCAAUGGGAGGAAAGAAGUCUAAAUAUCAGAACAUCGAGGGUAAAUGUUCAGCGGCCAAAGAUGAAGUUAAGAAGGGGGAAGGGCCAGACCCCGCGGACUACGAGAAGCUGUACUUUAAGGCGGAGUUUACUGCUAUGGACAGAGAAAACCGCGGGAAGCUGACCACGGCAGAGUUCGUCAAGCUGAUGAUGUUCCUGGGGUAUGGAGAGAAGUGGAAAGUGGAUUCGCUGUUGAAGUCUAUCAACACGGAAGGAGAUGGCUACAUCACGAUUGAUGAAUUCUACAAUGCUAUGAACCGUCCAGAGGUCAAAGCCGGAACAUCUCGGCUACGAAAUAUUUUCUUUAAGUUUGAUGACAACAAAGACGGGAGAGCGACAAGGGAACAAAUUUUACAGGGAUUUGCGGACAUGGGAGUCGAGGUCGAUGACGAGAUUACGGCCAAGGUCACAGAGCUGGACACCAACAACGAUGGACGAGUGAAGUACCAAGACUUCGUGCAGAGUCAGCUCGUGACAAAAGGCAUCCUCAAGUAGCCACGAAAUAAAGCUAACUCGACAGAUCUCCGUUUUGUGAUGGUGCGAUAAUGGUGGUUUUGGGCGGAUGCGAUAGUAGUGUUAUUGUACACAAAACCGGUACUUUUUAUGGAGCGUUUUGCAUAAUACAGUGAGAGUAAGAAGGCUGCAAUAUCUAACUAGCGUAUUUAAUUAUUAUUUUUAUACCUAGAAUUGUAUUACUUUUUUUCCAUUUAUUUAUGGCGAUGUGAAAGUAUUUGAAUUUUCAAUUAUCAUAUUUAUUGCGAUGUAUUUACGCUAGCUUUACUGAAUAAACCAUACAAAGCUUU